AUGGCUUCCAUUUCCUGUCGCAUUGCAAAUGAAAAGAAGGAAAAGAAGAAGCAUCCACGCAAAAAUACAGCCUCGCAAUCGGCUGGUCACAAUUCAAGUUCUUAUCGAGUACGUUCCAAAAAGUCAUCGAACAAGGAAAAGAGUAAAGAGCAGAGACAUGUUUCAAGUGUGGCAUACAAGGAAACAGUAUCUAUGGAGAUCGAUGAGAUGUCUGACGAAAUGGUGGCAUUUUUCAAGAAAACGAUCGAGCACAGGAAAACCCGCGAUGCCGAGCGUAUCGAAAAAGAACAACGCGCUGCAAAGGAGCGUGGUGAAAGCACAGCACAUUGGAUCAAACUAGACGAGGACGAGUACGUUUUAGCCCACAAAGUCGGUGUUUAUGGCAUUGAAAAACGCACCUUCGCUGUCCCAGAUGAAGAAACUCGAACGAAGGCAAGACGAGAGAACGCUCGCAAGCUCUACGGAUCGAAGGCGGAACAGAUUCUGGCCAUGGAAACGUUGAUGGAUAUGAGAUUUGAACAAGAAUAUGCAAGGAAACGACCGCCCUUAUGGCCCAAUAUUCCGUUGAAACUGUGA